AUGACUUCUCGAUCAACAUUCUCACGUGUAAAUAAAGACGCUCUGCUUGAUACAAAGACCUUGCUAAAACCAAAAGUUACAAAGAAAAGAAUCAACGACAACAAUAAUAAAAAUUUUAUAAAUAAUAACAUGAGAUCUAGCAACAUUAACCUCACCAGAUCUACAACAGUUGUUAGCAAGGCUAAACAACCAAAUACCCUUAGAACUAAUGUCACUACCAUUACUAAUGCUAUUAAACCUAAUACUAUCACUACCACCAAGCCGAUCAACAUCGCUACUGCUACUGCUAGAAACAAUACAAAGUCCCAAAAUAAGAUCACUGUCAACACAACAGCCAAUAAUACUAAGAAAUCAAUCAACACGUCUAAAGCAGCCAUCAACACCAACAAACUUACAAUUGGUUCUCAGUUAAUCAAAGUUAAUCCUUCCGUUGUUACUAAUGUGGCUAGUGUUAGUAGACCUGCUGCUGCUACCAGACCUACUGUCACCACUAAUGCCUCUGAUUCAAAAGUUAAUGAAAAGAGAUCCACCACAACUUCUAAUAUUAAGCGCAAAGGAUCAGAAGAAAAGCUAGAAUCAUCUGUUGACAAUAAACACAAAAGAAUUGCAUUAACACAACCACCGCCAACUAUAGAAUCUCUUAAUGAAUUACGUCAGUUGGAAAUGACAAUUAGGAUAGAGCAAGAAGAAUUAAUAAAAUUAAAACAAGAAUAUCAAGUGUUAGAAAUUAAGUUGAACGACUCUAAAUGUGUCUAUGAAGAAAUUAGCAAUGAAAGAAAAGAAACAGAAGUCAACUUGUCUGAAUUAAGAUAUGAGUUAUUGGUAUCAAAUCUAGAAAUUAAAGACUGUGAAGAAUUUGUCAAGGAUAUGCAAGAAAAAUUAAAAAAAACCAAAACACUUCUUAAAGAUGAUAAAUAUAACUAUAAUCUUAUAUAUGUACAACAACAACAGGGCAUACAAUAUAAUGAUACUGAUAGCUUUAAAAAAUUAGGAGUACGGAAUCUAACUUUUAAUGGAGAACGAUUGAGUAAUGAUAGCUUCUUGGAAGAUUGUAAUAUUCAAAAUGGGUCAAAAUUAUACCUUCAAGAAACUUCGGAUUGUUUUGUUUAUGUAAAAACACUAAUUGGAAAAACCAUUACAGUGUUUGUAGAUAGGUUCGAUACCAUUAAUAUAUUUAAACAAAAGAUACAAGAUAUGGAAGGAAUUCCUCCUGAUCAACAGCGUCUUAUUUUUGAUGGCAAGCAAUUGGAAGAUGGGCAUACCUUGUCAAAUUACAAUAUUCAAGAAGCAUCCACAUUGCAUCUUGUACUUAGAUUACGUGGAGGAAUGCUUCAAGAAACCAGCGGGUAUAUAAAUUUCAGUGCAUUGCCACCGCUUAUGCAAUACUUGCAAGCUCCUGAAAGACAUGUAGAAGGUAAAAACCAUGCUGGUAUUGCUUGUAAUUAUUGUGGUAAAAAAGAAUGGAAAGGAGCAAGAUAUAAUUGUUCAGAAUGCCUUGAUUAUGAUUUGUGCUAUGAGUGUAUCAAAAUGGCCAACUUGGUUCAUGACGCGCAACAUAACUAUUUGGAAUUAUUGAAUCCAGUAGAUCAAAAUAAAUUUCCAAAAGAUGUCUCUGUUAAUCCUGUUAUCGUCUUCCCAAUACUUCCAACAAAAAAGGAAGAGAUGUUGGGCUUGCUACGUGAGGAGGAAAGGAGAAGACUGUCACCAGAAAUACAACAACAGUAUCACAAGGUUGGAAGUGAUCCCACAUCUGGCAAGGACUGGAUGGAUGUCACUGAUCAAAUGCAACAUGAAUUGGUUAGAGAUUUUGGCUACUCAGAUGAAGCUGUACAGUUAUUACGACGUGCUCCACAACUUUAUCAGGAUGAUCCUGCAUUUCUUCAAUUGCGUUCACUUUAUAAACCAGGACGACCUUUUGUUCUCCUUGGUGGAUCACAUACUUGUCCUUUAUAUAGAUACAUAUCUCACGUACUCAAUGACAUUCACGAGAAAUAUCAAAGACAUGUAGACUUUUACAUGAUUCAAAUUCGUGAAGCACAUGCCAGUGAUGUUUGGCCUAUUGGUAAUAUUGUAGAUGUCAAGGAGCAUCGUACAUUAGAAGAACGAUUAACAGCUGCACGUGAAAUGGUUAGGGCUACUGAUCUUCAGAUUCCUGUGCUGGCCGAUACAAUGGAUAAUAAUUUUUUGAAGUUAUACUCACCUUGGCCGUUCCGAUUUUUUGUAAUUGUAGAUGGUAUUUUGAAACUCGUUGGGAUGCCAAAAGAAGCACGUUAUGAUACAACAGACCUAGUCAAUUGUUUGGAUGCUCUUUUGGAUGGUAGUAAGAAAUAA